UGCAAGUGUAACUCAAACAUCCGAAAUCCAUCUGGAAAACAAGACAGGUUUCUCCGACCCGACCUCCUCAACUCCGUAUUCUCAAACUCUCUCUGUCUUUCUGUCGUUCUUCGGCCAUGGAGCUCUCUCUGUCUUCCGCAACCUCGAAGGCUCACACGUAUAAUUCCUCACCAGAGCUGUUUCUGCUUGGAAAAGCAAAAUUUCCGACAUGGGAUUGUUAUUUUCCCUCUCCUUCGCGAGCUAGGAGAAUAGCGAAGCCUUUAUUUGCUCAACCUGGAGCCCUCUCUGCCAAGCAUAACCCUGUCAAGGUUGUAUGUUGUCUAAAGAGAGAAGCUACUGUAGUAGAGGGAAGGUCUAUGCAUGAAGUAUAUGAUGCUUUGGCCGCACGUCUUGUUCCUACAGCCGCAGCAAUAGGGAAUCCAAACUUGAAGUAUAUUGUGGGUUUGGCUGGUUCUCCUGGAUCUGGGAAAAGCACUACUGCGUCUGAAGUUGUGCGACGUGUAAACAAGUUAUGGCCCCAGAAAGCUUCUGCAUUGGAUUCUCAAGUUACUCCUCCAGAAGUGGCUGCAGUUCUCCCCAUGGAUGGUUUCCAUCUUUAUUGUUCUCAGCUGGAUGCAAUGGAGAAUCCCGAGGAAGCUCAUGCAAGAAGGGGAGCUCCAUGGACCUUUAACCCUGAGCUACUACUCGAGUCUCUCAAGACUCUGAGAAGUGAGGGAUCAGUUUAUGCACCGUCAUUUGACCAUGGUGUUGGAGAUCCAGUAGAAGAUGAUAUUUUUGUGACCCUUCAGCAUAAAGUGGUCAUAGUAGAAGGAAAUUAUUUAUUGUUGGAUGAUGGGAUUUGGAAAGAAGUAUCAUCUAUGUUUGACGAGAAGUGGUUUCUUGAAGUUGAUAUUGACAAAGCUAUGGAACGAGUUCGAAACAGACAUAUCUUAACGGCAGGGAAGCCUCCAGAUGUUGCCAAAUGGCGGGUUGAGUACAAUGACCGGCCUAAUGCAGUGACAGUAAACAAAUCAAAGAAGAAUGCUGAUUUGAUAAUCAAGUCAAUCGACUACUGAAGCGUGAAGGUGAUCCCGUCCCGCUGGUUGCAUUCCAACCCCAUUUAUGCAUCCCAUUUAUGCAAAUUGAAGGCCUAUCUUCAUUUUCCUUGGAAGAUAUGAACUGGGAAGUAAUUUAUGCACUCCAAAAUGCUUUCACUUAUGAGGGUAAGAAGUUACUUUUGGAACGCAAAUAACACAUCCCAUGAGUAAAAGUAACUGUGUAUUUGAUGAAUACAAGAUUUAUGAAAAUUUUGCACAAAUGGCGCCUAAAACUUUCCCAUUUUGUGCAAUCGCUACCUGAAUUUAAAAAAAAUUUACAAUUAACCAUUCAAACUUUCAUAUUGUGUUACCAUUUGGCACAUAAGUCCGUUUUUAUUUA